CUAGGCGCCGGGGCUGGCGCGCUCUCCCAGGCGCACACACACAUCCACGCACGCACGCCCAGAGCAGCUCUCUCCGCGCUUGGCCCCCGUUCCCUUCGCCCAUGCAGACGGACAGAGCGACGGAAGAUGGCUGACGACUCCACGGGGCACCGAGGAUGCAGCCCGGCGGCGGCGGCGGCGGCGGGAGCGGCAGAAGCAGCGGCGGCGGCAGGGGCAGCGGCGGCAGCGGCGGCGUUGGUGGCGGCGGCGGCGGCGGCAGCGGGAGCAGGAGCGGCGGCGGCGGCAACCCCGAGACUCCUUGAGCUACCUUUCCCUCUGACAGCCACUGACGUUCUCCGCCGCUAGAAGAGACCCCGCUUCUCCGGCGCCUGCCUUCCCUCCCCCCUCCCAGCCCCAGCCCCAGCCCCGCCAGCACCGCUACCUCCGCCAGCAUUGCCACCAUCAGCACCACCUCCACCACCACCACCACCACUACCACCACCACCGCCGGCGGCGGCAGCAGCCAUUUCAUCUCCACAGAAACCAGACACAAAAACAUGGCAGAAAUGGAGAAAGAAGGGAGACCUCCGGAAAAUAAAAGGAGCAGGAAACCGGCUCACCCAGUGAAAAGGGAGAUCAAUGAGGAAAUGAAGAACUUUGCAGAAAACACCAUGAAUGAACUCCUUGGCUGGUAUGGCUAUGAUAAGGUUGAAUUGAAAGAUGGUGAAGAUAUUGAAUUCAGGAGCUACCCUACAGAUGGAGAGAGCCGGCAGCACAUUUCUGUUCUCAAAGAAAAUUCUUUGCCAAAACCAAAAUUACCUGAGGACAGUGUUAUUUCACCAUACAAUAUAAGCACAGGCUAUUCAGGGCUUGCCACAGGAAAUGGACUCAGUGACUCACCUGCAGGGUCAAAGGAUCAUGGCAAUGUGCCCAUUAUUGUACCUUUAAUUCCGCCACCUUUCAUAAAGCCACCAGCAGAAGAUGAUGUGUCAAAUGUACAAAUAAUGUGUGCCUGGUGCCAGAAAGUGGGAAUCAAGCGCUAUUCCCUGAGUAUGGGAAGUGAGGUGAAAAGCUUCUGCAGCGAGAAGUGCUUUGCGGCCUGCCGACGAGCCUACUUCAAGAGGAAUAAGGCUAGAGAUGAAGAUGGACAUGCUGAAAAUUUCCCCCAGCAGCACUAUGCUAAGGAAACUCCAAGGCUUGCCUUCAAGAAUAACUGCGAACUACUUGUAUGUGACUGGUGUAAACACAUAAGACACACAAAAGAAUACCUGGAUUUUGGGGACGGGGAAAGAAGGCUUCAGUUCUGCAGUGCAAAAUGUCUCAAUCAAUACAAAAUGGACAUUUUCUACAAAGAGACCCAGGCCAAUCUUCCAGCUGGGCUGUGCAGCACAUUACACCCUCCCAUGGAAAAUAAAGCAGAAGGCACCGGGGUGCAGCUGCUCACUCCAGACUCUUGGAAUAUUCCUCUAACAGAUGCUCGGAGGAAAGCCCCCUCCCCGGUGGCUGCAGCUGGCCAAAGCCAGGGCCCUGGCCCAUCGGCGUCCACCACCGUCUCUCCAUCUGACACUGCCAACUGCUCUGUCGCUAAAAUCCCCACGCCAGUGCCCAAGUCCAUGCCGAUCAGCGAGACUCCAAACAUCCCUCCUGUCUCCGUCCAGCCACCUGCUAGCAUCGGGCCUCCCCUCGGAGUGCCGCCUCGCAGCCCUCCCAUGGUGAUGACCAACCGCGGCCCGGUGCCGCUGCCCAUCUUCAUGGAACAACAGAUCAUGCAGCAGAUCCGCCCGCCCUUCAUUCGCGGGCCGCCACACCACGCCUCCAACCCCAACAGCCCUCUGUCCAACCCCAUGCUCCCGGGCAUCGGGCCCCCUCCGGGCGGCCCCAGAAACCUGGGCCCCACUUCCAGUCCCAUGCACCGGCCCAUGCUCUCGCCCCAUAUCCACCCCCCGAGCACCCCGACCAUGCCUGGGAACCCCCCGGGUCUGCUGCCCCCUCCGCCCCCGGGCGCGCCCUUGCCGAGUCUCCCCUUCCCGCCCGUGAGCAUGAUGCCAAAUGGCCCGAUGCCCGUGCCCCAGAUGAUGAAUUUCGGGCUGCCGUCGCUCGCCCCGCUGGUGCCGCCCCCCACCUUGCUCGUGCCAUACCCGGUGAUCGUGCCCCUGCCCGUGCCCAUCCCCAUCCCUAUUCCCAUCCCUCACGUCAAUGAUUCCAAGCCCCCCAACGGAUUUUCCAGCAACGGGGAGAACUUCAUUCCGAGCGCCCCCGGCGACUCCUCGGCGGCAGGAGGUAAGCCAGGCGGACACUCCCUGUCCCCCCGGGACUCCAAGCAGGGCUCGUCCAAGUCCGCGGACUCGCCGCCCGGCUGCUCGGGCCAGGCCCUGAGCCUGGCGCCCGCGCCCGCGGAGCACGGCCGGAGCGAGGUGGUGGACCUGACGCGGCGUGCCGGCAGCCCCCCGGGCGCGGGCGGCCAGCUCGGCUUCCCCGGCGUGCUGCAGGGCCCGCAGGACGGCGUCAUCGACCUGACCGUGGGCCACCGGGCCCGGCUGCACAACGUGAUCCACCGCGCGCUGCACGCGCACGUCAAGGCGGAGCGCGAGCCGGGCGCCGCGGAGCGCAGGACCUGCGGCGGCUGCAGGGACGGCCACUGCAGCCCGCCCGCCGCCGGCGACCCGGGCCCGGGCGCCCCCGCGGGCCCCGAGGCCGCCGCGGCCUGCAACGUCAUCGUGAACGGCACGCGCGGCGCCGCCGCCGAGGGCGCCAAGGGCGCGGAGCCGCCACCCGAGCAGCCCCCGCCGCCGCCGCCGCCGCCGCCCGCGCCCCCCAAGAAGCUGCUGUCGCCCGAGGAGCCCGCGGUGAGCGAGCUGGAGUCCGUCAAGGAGAACAACUGUGCUUCCAACUGCCACCUGGACGGGGAGGCGGCCAAAAAGCUGAUGGGGGAGGAGGCCCUGGCGGGGGGCGACAAGUCAGACCCGAACCUUAAUAACCCCGCGGACGAGGACCACGCGUAUGCUCUGCGCAUGCUGCCCAAGACGGGCUGCGUGAUCCAGCCUGUGCCAAAACCGGCGGAGAAGACUGCCAUGGCGCCGUGCAUCAUCUCCUCGCCCAUGCUGAGCGCCGGGCCCGAGGACCUGGAGCCUCCGCUCAAAAGGAGGUGCCUCCGAAUUAGAAAUCAGAAUAAGUAAAAGUACACCUUGUGUGGUCACACACUAUCAUCAUUUUGAUCCAACGUCAUUCCCAUUUUACAGCUGAGGAAACUGAGUCACAGCAUGUAAGUGCCAUGCCCGAGGUCACUUACUUGAUGGUAAAGCCCAGUCUUGAAACCGACUUGAAACACUAUCUACUUAAUUACACUUGCAUUAUUAUGCUUUUCUCUGUAAUUCACCCUGUUGAAGAAGAGGAGGAUGUGGGGAGGAAGGAGAGAUUACUCUGGACCUGUCACUGUUCACUCAUGCCGUUACAAGGCUGUGGUAAAAGGUGAGCUAGGCGGCUUCCUGGAAGCUGAUAGAGUCAUUGGCAGAAUGUCUCAACUCACCAAAUUUUCUAACUCCUGGAUUCCCAUUUGCAAGAUGAGAAUAAAAUCUAACCUUCUUACAUGCUUACGCCAGCUGAACUGAGGCCACUCAACCCUGUUUUCCUGGCAGGGUGUUGGAGCAGUGGCUCAUAGCUCCCGUUCAUGGGGUCUCUUCCUUCAUUUUGUCACCAUCCAGCAUUCCCCAGGGCAGGCCUCAACAUCAGUGACCAGCUUUGCUUUCUUCCCCUUUUGGGCUCAGCGGCUCAGCUGGUGGGUAGAGAGUGGGGGGCUUUGACAGGGAAAAGGAGGACGUUGCUGAAGUGGGUGAGGGUGCACAUCUCUGACCUAAUGGUAGGAAUCCUGCUUGAUGCCAAGUGAACCCUUGAUAGUGAGUCCAGAAUUUCAGUAAGGGGACAAGGAAGUAGCACGUGUGGCAUUCCCACUAUAGCCAGAUGUGGCCUGAUUUGGUCCCCCGCCAAUCCUGGUGGAGUAGGCAUCAUCUGCAUCUUACCAAGGAGGAAGAUGAGCCUUGGAGACGUUGCCCAAAUCAAAGCUGGUAAGUGGGGGAACCAGUAUCCAACUCAGACCUGCUGAACCCAGAGCCACAGCUCUCCCCUCUAAUCAAGAGGACAGCAAACUGGCUAAUGUUCAGUUGAGGUUUAUCAACUGUUAUGGAGAGGAAAGGAAGAGAAAUGAACAUUUAUUAAGCAUUUAACUCGUGCACAGCUCCUUUUAGGCACUGGGGACGUAGAAAGGUGACUAUAAUGCAGUGGCUGCCCUCAAGGCACUUAACAGUCUUGGGGAGAGAUAAACCAGGGCGGAGGGAGGCCUGGGCAGGAGAGGCGGGCCUUAGGAAGAACAGUUGCUCAUGUUUAUAUGUGCAGGUCUCUUCUAAGUUUUUUUGGUAGUAUUUAUUUGGAUCUGGAUCCAUACAAUUAUUAUUAUUUUCAUUUUACUGAUGAGGAAGCUAAGACAAGUGACUUGCCCAAGGUCACCAAGUUAGCAGAGUCGAGAUUCAAAUCCAGGCUGUCUGCCUCAAGAGCUGCAUUUUCUUUAGACUACCGUAGGAGACUAGGCAAACUGGUCCCUUUGUUACACUAUGUGAUAAAAUUCUUUUAUCCAACUCGGGUGUCUUUGGGGAAGUUCCUAGAGAAAAACCAAGCCUACCUACCAACUUCUCUAAGUGUGUAGACAGUGUUCAUUUCUUGUUUUUCCGGCAACAACAACAGCAAACCUAGAAUACCAACCCAUUACUCCACAGUGGGAAAUGUAAGUGUGGACCAGAGCACUGGAUGUGGCGUGGAGAUGGUUGUCUCUAAGUCAGCAUGUUUACAUGGGCGCCUGCCUAACUCAUAGCCGGAAGUUUGCUUGGGAAGCACCGAGCCAGAGCGAGGGGGCUUGUCUCAUGGUACGAGAAGGGUUUCUCAGCCGCUGUAGUUUGGGGUUUCCUUUUCCACUGAUGUCUUUGCCAGUAGCAGCAAAACACUAAAAUUCAGUUCACCAUUCCUUCUUGGUUUUACAUUUACAAGUUCUGCUGUCCAAAGACAGAUGGCCUCAGUCUUCUCCUAGUCACCUCAAUUGAAAAUGCCCCUGUUUUCUCCACCAGAGUAAUUUAAUCUGGUUGACAAAGCAGUGAGUAAGGUUGACAAAGCAGCAAGUAAUGGGAAGAUGUGGGACAAAAAAACUGAUGGCCUUUAGAAAGCUGGAAAUUGUAAUUUUAAACGCAUUCUAAUAUCGCUCAUUCAAACAACAUUAAAGGAAAAAUGGGUGGUGUGCAAGAUUUCAUUACUAUUACUGGAGUGAGAAGUGACCAGGUCAGGAAUAGUGCCACGAGUCCAUAAGUAGCAUGGGGCCAAAAGAACAUAAAAGCAUGAAAUGUAUGAUGGCUAUUUGGAUGAUAUAUGUUUCUGAAUAAAGAGUCAGGCAAGGGUCUUGUAUGUGGACCAGAGUUGUUACUAGAAAUAUUAACCUGGCUUCAGCCAAUUUCAGAAGAUGCAAUGACGAAAUUGCCCAGAGCCCCUCGAGAUUGGAGAGUUCUUUUUAUGAUGGGUCCCCCAAGAAAUUACAGCUUUUCUCUAAAGUCGGAGACACUCAGCCUUUGCCAGCUACAGCGGGGUGACGAGGCAAGUGAUUUAAGAUGGGAGAAGAACGGCCUCUCCUCCACUAAAUCACGUUUCCUCUUGGCCUCUGUAGUUCCACGUCACUUCACAGCGCAGUCUCAACCUGCCGUAAUUCACUCACGUUCUCUGCCCUUCCUGAUUUUCUGUGCACACGUGCUGGCUGUUUUUCUUCUAGGCCUUCAGAAACCCAGCCCAUUCGUGUGGUUGAGGAAAUUGAAAAUGCAUCCGUUAAAUAAAGGACUGCAUGGCUUUUGUGCCCUGACAGUGACCGCUGUUUGGUGAUGAGUUAAAGCCAAAGUGGGAAGUAUUCAAAACCCAAAACAAACCAAGGCGGAGUUGCAGUGGGUGAGGGGCAGGUGAGCGAUUUCUCCAUGGGCUUGCUAGUGGCUCAUUACUAUUUCUUAGGAAAGUCUGUCAGUAGCUUCAGUAAGGGCUCUUCAUUCUUUUUACGAUGCCCACCGUUCUCAUACUAUGUUACUAUUAUUUUAUCAUUUUAAAUAGAUUCAAAGCAGACUGUGUCUUGAAAUCAACAAUCCAGGCAGCCACAGUUGUCUUCAAAGAGGUCAUCGUAUUUGCUAGUUCUUGGCAAAUUAUAGUCUAUAUAUUUUUUUCCAUUUUGAAGUUAUUCUGUUUCUGGUUACCUGACUUUAUGCAUUCUUGUUUGUUGAUAUGACUACAAGUGACUUCAAUGGGCAGAUGUUUUCCUAGAUGCAGAACUAAUUAAGUUUAGUCGAAGAUUUUAAAAAGGUUGUAAACUUCCUUUAAUCUUCAACUUUUGAGACUCCAAAUACCAGUUCUACAGCUUCUGUAAGCUGGAAAAAAAAUCCCCCCAAAUAAUAAGGAAAACAAUGUAUAAACAUUUCCCAAACUAUUCUAUCCACAAAGAAUUCCAUUUAUAAAUGGAAUACUCCCUUCGUUUCUUUGCCUUGGAGCUUGGGGGAUAGCUGUUUCUAUUUGUACAUUUUCUGAAUUUCUGCAGUUUACACUUGUUUACGGUACGUUGGGGAGUUCAGAGUAACCAUUUGCAAAUGUUUGAAGAUAUUCAAAAGAAAAUAUCCCCCCUCCUCGAUUUUCCAGGGAAAUGACAUAUUCUCUUUAAAUAAAAUAAUCAAUGGAAAAAAUGUGUACCAUGAGUAACCCAUUCAGCCUCAAUUUUUCCAUUCCUGAGGAGCAACAAGUCCAUACAACUUCCCACCUUUGUGGCUCCCAAAUUUCUUAUGUGUUUCUAAAACCAGAAAGAAAAUAUGAGACUCUGUUCCCUGGCCCCAAUUCCGUAGUGCUCUCCCCGCCUCAGCAGCAGGGGUUCCUUCCACUUUUUGUUUUCUCUGGGAGAGCUCGAGGAGGGGGCUGUAGUUUGGGCUUUCGGGAGUUUAGAGUUUAAUUAUUAGUCUGGUCAUGGAGCCACAAUCCCAGAAAGGUCUAUGUCAGAGACAGGGAGCUCACCUCGUUAGGAAAGCCAGACGGGUGCAGAUGAGAGGUAACUUUCUGCCAGUUUAGUUUGUCCUGCUGAAGUAUUAGAGAGUGCUCUUCCUGGGAAGUCAGUCCAUCCUUUGGAAAUAUUACUCUGGGUGCCUACUUUUAAAGCAAGGAAAAGAAGAAAAAUUGCCAGUGAGAAGAGAAAAUCAAUACAAAUGGGAUGUGCUCAGAUCCCGUGCCAGACUUGAGAUUUUUAACGUUCUAAUAGUUGAUUGCUGGAAAAGUUAAUUGGCAACGUAAUCGUUGAUGUUAAAGUUUCGCCGUCUGUCAGGAUGCAGAUGCCUGUCCAGUUCUGGGUAUAGGUCAUUCAAAGAGCCAGCGAGAAGCACCAGGUGUGAUCAUGCACACAGGUGAGUGGUGAGGACCUGGAAGAGCGCUUGCCGUGGUCAUUUGAGGCUGUAGAGGAGAGUUUGCUGGGAUGAACAGUGUCAAGCUUGGCUUCAGACACAGCUCGUUCAAUGCUGCGGGGUCUAUUUUAACCCUUUUGACAAGGGGAUUGAAGGAGGGUUUUAAUGUGCAGGCAUCUGGCUUUGAGAUAUUAUUCCAAUCAGAUUAUGAUGGAAUAGGAAAUGACAUAUGUGACUAGGUAUUUAUUUAUUUCAGAUGUAGCCAUAACCCUCCGUCUUCAGCAGGCCUGGGACUAGAGUGAGGAAGGGGAAGUGCUUAGUGUGCAAACUUCAAAGAGUAAUUCACUCUCCGGGUCAUGCAGGUGCAGCCCUAGUCCUGGCUCUGAUCUCCAGACCUUCGGAUCCGUGUGGCAGCUCCCUAAAGCUAGUCUGCUCCAUGGACUAGUCUUUGGAUGGCCUUCAGCAAUCCCCCCUGGAAUGUCAUGGAAAGUUUUAUGUGCCCACGCACAGAGGCAUUUUCUUGGGAGGAGAGGUCCAUAGAUUUUGGCCUCAGAGAAACUAUGCCUUACAUCUCUGAAGGAUUAUCUUAUCACCAUCUGAGUUGGAAUUUUUCUUGUUACUCUGAGGAAGCUGAAUUAAUUAUAAGUUUCCUUUAAAACUUAGAACUUAUUUUUAGCAAAUUUUGCUGUGGACUCAAUAUUGCAGAAUCCCUCUUGCAGCUACAGAAUGUAGCACUUGCCUCGGUAAGAUUGCCUUAGUGACAAAAUGCAAAAGGUUGUAGAGCUUUCUUCAAGUUACCAUGUCCUAUGACUGCCUAUGGUGAAAGAAGAAAAGGGAAGCGAGAAAAGAAACAAGCUAGACACUUCCCCAGGACUUGGAUGUUCAGAGUUUCUGCUGUGGAGGGAGACCCUGUCCUUCCAUGAAAAACCUUUUACCCUGCUGUUGAGGCCAACGGAGCCGAAUGGCGAGAGUCUGAGAAGUGCAUGGUUCAGUAGACCCCAGGGCGUCGAUGAGGCCAUGUCUGAGAGUACUGCCCAUCCUCCCUAGCUCCCUAGCAUGCUUCUUCACCUGGGGAGAAUGUGCUUGGAAAGGGGAAAGCCUUUGACCAGCCAUUAGCAAGCCAUUGCCCAGAAGGGCACUGAAAAUAAGCUCCCUGUCUGGUUUCCAGUGAAUCACUUCCUCACCGGCCUGAGCAGCUGCCUGGGCAUCAUAGUUCAAUCAUUUACACCUACCAUGGUGCAGACAAGCAUUGUGGAGGGGCAGAGGUGUUUGAGAACCAAAGUAUACUACAGCAUGGAACACUUACCUCAUGGAGUGGAACGCUUACCUCCACCCCCAACACUCCGCCUUUUCCAGACUCUCUUGUCAAAGAGACUGUACCAAAGGGACGGAGGGUGGCCAUUCUAUUUUCCUUCCCCCUGUCCUGUGCAGAACUAUUUUGUAUCCUUCAGAUGCCAAUUUGAAUGCAUAACACUUUAUAUGUGGGUACGUGUUAAGGACAUGCAUUCUGCCUGUGUAAACUUUUUUUUUAAGCCCCCAAAGCAUAAAAGGAAUCCAUUUCAGAGAAAAAUAAAUUAGCUUUAAAAGAUAAACAAUUUAGUGCUGGCAUCAUUUAACAGGGUCCCAUUCUCAAGGAAAAGGAGUAAAUGCUGUUUUUAAAUACUACUCCUGUAGAAUUCUUCUCCAUAUUUGUGGAUUUUCACAGCCUUCUGCUUGAGGAAAAAGUCUGGUGGGGUCAGGAUUGAGGACGUGAGGCCAUUGACAAGGAGGGGAAAUACACACACACAGGUUAUUUCAAGGGCCGUUUAAAAGAUUCUAGUGAAUAGACUGGAGCAAGAGCAAAGUAUAAUGACUGCGGAAAGUUGGAAUUAGUCUCUCAUGCUUUAAUUAGCUCCUGAGUGUUCGAAACAUUCUUACAUUGGAAACCAGUCGAGUUGCCCCUGAGAUCUCUUAAUUUUACGCUCUUAGGACUGAGCUACAGACAUAAGCAACAACAUGCUCAUGAAAUUUUAGCGUGUUGCCCAAAUGCACAACUGAAUAGGGAGAAGGGAACACAAGAGCAGAACUGCCUUUCCAUGUAGCCCUGGGGUCAGGAUGGCAACAAAUCAAAGCUGUUUAGGCUCCCCAGCCUCAUCCCAUUCAGAUAUUUGGUUGUGCUGCUGGUUGUCUCAUCAUUCCUCCUUUGAACCUCUGGUUUGUUGUCUUUCUUUGAUAGCAAGCUGUGUUUUGUUUUGGGUCAAAGGGAAAGUAAGAAUAUGACUGAUAGCAUUUAAAGAACAGGAGGGAGAAACACCCUUUAUGGACUUAUUUGACACGAAUCAUUGACCUAACGCCCAAAAAAUGCAAUUAAAAAGUGUAUCUCUCCCUUAUUUGCAUGGCCUAUUUCCCCAGACAUAUUUUUGGUAUUGAAAAUGAAUGGUAUUCCCAUACAACAUGUGUCUCAAUUUGUAAUGAUAUCCUCCUUGCAGCUGGCUUAGUUCUCCAAGUGUUUCUAAAAUGUUACUGUCUUAAAUUUGAGCCAACCUACAAUAACAAAUUAUCUAGAAGCAAAGUGGCUAAGCUGCAUUUGGUGAGAGAAGGGGAAACCCUAUAUUUCGUCCUUCAACUCUUGUUUUGGAAAUUCAGGCUGUAACGUGAUCUUUUUCUAGGGAAAUCUACACACGCACACUUUAAAAAUUGUGCAGAUUGGGUGUUGUGGGAGCAAGAAUGAUCAGGUUCAAGUUUCUCUGCAAAGUUCUGCAUCCCAUCAACAAGCCCUUUUGAUAUUUUAAACCCGUACUUAGAGUAAUUUCAAGAUAUUUGGAGCACAUGUGGUUAAAUGUAAAACUUUGUCAUUAUGAUUUGUUAGAUGCUUAUACUUUAAAUAUUUAUAAGCCAUUUUUAAGUACUUUAUCCAAAAGCUUUCUCCCAUUAGACUGCUGUACUGGAGUGGUAUCUGAGCAUCAUGAUAUAUGGAAGAUACCAGGGGGAUGUCACUGCAGUGUGCAUGCGCAUUCUUCCUGCUUUUCUGGUUUUAAUUCAAGUGAUGUUUUUAGUAGAUUUCAGCUUAUUUAAAAAAUGUAUAAAAACUCAUAAACAGGGUUGGUUGUCUGUGAUUAAAAAAAAAAUUACCCAGUCCCCCAAAAGUAAAAUGUCCAACUUGAAUCACGCUGAGUCCCACCUCUUUUUCUUAUCCUGAGUAAUUAGUAAAACUUUCCGUUAGGGUGUUGGAUCUGGAUCUGUGUCCACCUUAAACUUAAAGUGUCACAUUGUUCCUCCGAAAUGUCUUAGGGACAACUUAUUGGUGGCUAGAUUGAAUUCUUACUAUUCACCUUCAGCCAUCUUGGGAACUAAGACGUAGGACCGUGGCUUUACUGUAGGGAGUCUGUUCGUGCACUUAAUGUGAAAGAGAGGAGAGGAAAAAACACUUUUUCCAAAUUCAGAAUCCAUUUAAGCUUCGGAGGUUAUAAAUUUCAAACUGACCACAGACCUCUGGGGCUCACACUCUUUUAUGGCUGGCAAAAUACAACUUUCUGGGAAGAACGGGGGAAAAGAAGGCUUAGAAGGGCUCAUAAACCUGCUUGGACAUCUAAUCGCUUGUACCAAGCAGCGUUUUCAUGAGUUAAGUGUAAAUGAGUCAGAAACAUAUAGAUCGAAUUUCUUUUAAAAUACACAUGGGUUUAAAAAUUAAGGCCACAGUGCUUGGCAAAAUAAGUUUUGGUUUUAGCCAAACCCCAGAAGUUUGAAAAAAUAGUUCUACAAUUUGCCAAACCAAAAAUACAUCCAGGUCCCUCCAUCCUCUCAUCUAAUACAAUGGCAUCAUAAACAUGGGACUUAAUGUCUAUUUUCAAAUCAAGGUUUGAACAACAUGAAUCCCAGAUGCUAAUUGAAAACCUAUGAAAAAGUUUUUGUGGGAAAACAUUAUGAACGUACAAAUGAAGUUUCUGAUUUCGGUUGAGGGUUCUGAUUUCGACAGCACUCCUCACCGUCUGAUCGUCUGAUCAACUUGUUCUGUGUCUCAGCUGUGUGUGUGUGGCCUAUGCACAGAAAUAAUAACUUAUUAAAAAUCCUAUGUUUGGA